UCCAGCUAGAAAGCGUGUACCACCGAGAAGACGACGCAACAUGGCUCCCGGAGGUGGAAGAAAGAGGCUUCACCCCUUCUGAAGCUGGAGGAAGAGCGGCCGGAGAGGAGAAAAGAGAGAAGUGACUAGCUUUUAUCCUCCCAGCCUCUCCCGAGUCCAGUCUGCCUUUCCCCUUCUCUGCACCCAAAUCCAAUUUGUGGUUUCCUCCCCUCCCCGCCCUCAUUCCCUCGCUUCCUCACCCCUCCCCUCGGGAAUCCUUUUCCCGUCCCCCCUUCGCCCCCCGCGGAGUGCGCACGCGCCCGCCCCCAGCUUCGCGCCCAGAUCUUCGCCUAGCCUGCUCGCGCAGCUGCUAUCUCAUCUGCCCACCGACGAAGCAUGGGUGUCCAGGGCUUCCAAGAGUUCCUGGAGAAGCGCUGUCCCGGGGCCGUGGUGCCCGUGGACCUCCUCAAACUCGCGCGCACGGUCUCGCGCCAGCAGCAGCAGCAGCAGCACCUGCACCGCCAGCUGCCACCGACGGCAGCCCUGGCACCCGGGGCUCCACGCGCCGCCAGGGGCUCCGCGCCUCUGCAACCGCCGCUCCCGCCUGCCUUGGGUGCCUACUCCGGGGGCGCGGGGCCAACUCGGCACCAGCACCCCGCUCACCACUUCCACCAUCACGGCCAGGCGCAGCCAGGGCUGCACCCUCCGCUGCCGCCGCCGCCCCCUCCGCUGCCCGGGGCCCGGGUGCUGGUGGACGCCGGCUCGGCGCUGCCGCGGCUUUACGGCGGCUACCAGACGGAUUGGGUGUGUGGCGGCCAAUGGAACGCCAUGCUGGGCUACUUGUCAGCGCUGUGCCAGGCUUGUGCCUAUCCUGGCGGCGACGGCCUGGAGCUCGUGGUCAUGUUCCCCGGGGGCCUGGGCAAGGACCGGCUGGCUGAGUGGGGCCGUCGGUGCCAGGCCGAGCGGCAGACAGCGCAACUGAUCGUGGGACACGUGGGCAACAAGGGCACCCCUCCACCGCGGGCCUGGUUCCUGCCACCGGCCUGCCUGAGCCACUGCGUGAGGCUAGCACUCAUCCGCUUCCGGGUCAAGGUCUUUCAGAGCCUUGAAGAUCACCAUUUGGAAGUGGUGGCGUUUUUCAGGGAAAAUGGCUUUCAUGGCCUUCUUGCCCAUGACUCCGAGUAUGCUCUCUACAAUAUUCCCUCUUACUACAGUUCCCAUGCUCUGAAAUUGAGCUGGAAUGGGAAGAACCUCACUACCAACCAGUUCCUGAUGCAAGAAGUGGCCAAGCAGCUGGGCCUGAAGAGGGUGAAUUUUCCCAUAUUUGCUGCACUGCUAGGUAACCACAUCCUCCCAGAUGAGGACCUGGCUGCUUUUCACUGGAGCCUUUUGGGACCAGAACAUCCUCUUGCAUCACUUAAGGUACGAGCUCAUCAGCUGGUUCUUCCUCCCUGUGACGUGGUGAUCAAGGCUGUUUCUGAGUAUGUCAGUUCCAUCAAAGAUCCCUCAAACCUGGAUGUAGUCGGGAAGGAUGUUUUCAAACAGUCUCAGUCCAGGACAGAAGAUAAAAUAGAGCGAUUCAAGAAAGCAGUUGAGUACUAUUCAGUCACAACCAAACUCUCUUCACUGCCAGUGGGUCCCUCCUUUCUAGGUUUUCGGAAUAAUAGGCUUGGAAAUCCUCCCCCUCCACAAAAUCAGGUGGGCGCCAUUUCUACUGGAAAGCCAAUGUUCUCUCACCAAGUGCCCCAGAAAGUGAAAUAUCCAUCACCAUUCCCAGUGGGACCCAACUCAUCUCUUCUCUUCUCCUCCCAUACUUUGGGGGAAUCCCAUGCUUUUUCUGAGGAUCCCAUGCUGCAGAACAGCCCCUUUGCCAAUUGGGCUGUCUCUUAUGACUCUUCUGCAUCCCAGUUUCCCAAUUACCUGCCUUCUAAAGCAUCACCUCCUUUGGGACCAGACUCUUCCCAGUCCUCUUCCUCUGAUGGUGAUGAGCCAAAUGGAGCUAGCACUGAUCAUAUCACAGAAUCACUUCCGCACCAGCCAGAGUGGGAAAAUCCUAAUCGUGACAGAGGGUCCUGGCCACAGCCUGUUGAUACUGGAGUUUCAGAAGCGAGCCUAGGUGAUGGCGAGCCCCACAUCCCAUCUCUGCUGUCUAUGUCUACGAGGAACCACAUGGAUAUCACCAUUCCACCCUUACCUCCAGUAGCUCCAGAAGUCUUGAGAGUUGCUGAACACAGACACCGGAGGGGUCUUAUGUACCCGUAUAUCUACCAUGUCCUCACUAAGGGUGAAAUUAAGAUUCCCGUAUGUAUCGAGGAUGAGUGUAACAUGGAGCUGCCUCCAGCUGCUCUCUUAUUCCGGUCAGCUCGUCAAUAUGUAUAUGGAGUUCUUUUUAGUCUGGCAGAGACACAGAGGAAAAUGGAACGUUUGGCCAUGCGACGGCGGCUGCCUGUGGAAGUUCCUUCAGUGAUCCUUAAAGAGUGGUCUGCCUAUAAAGGGAAGUCACCUCAAACCCCUGAGCUGGUGUCUGCGCUGACCUUUCGGGAAUGGACUUGCCCAAACCUCAAGAAGCUCUGGCUAGGCAAAGCAGUUGAAGACAAGAACAGAAGGAUGCGGGCCUUCCUGGCCUGUAUGAAGUCAGACACACCCAGUAUGCUAAAUCCAGCUAAUGUCCCCACCCAUCUGCUGCUCAUGUGCUGUGUUCUCCGGUACAUGGUUCAGUGGCCUGGUGGCCGAAUCCUGCAUCGCCAUGAGCUAGACACCUUCCUCGCACAGGCAGUGUCUACCCAGCUUUAUGAACCAGAUCAGCUCCAAGAACUCAAGAUUGAGAAACUGGAUGCCCGAGGGAUCCAGCUUGCUGCCCUCUUCAUGAGUGGAGUCGACACAGCUCUGUUUGCUAAUGAUGCCUGUGGCCAGCCAGUCCCUUGGGAGCAUUGCUGCCCCUGGAUUUACUUCGAUGGCAAGCUGUUCCAGAGCAAGCUAAUUAAAGCAGGCCGAGACCGAGUAUCUCUGAUAGAGCUCUGUGAUGGCCAGGCUGACCUGGCAACCAAAGUGGAGAAGAUGAGACAGAGCAUCCUUGAAGGAGUCAACAUGAAUCAUCCACCACCUUCUGCUCUACUUCCGUCACCUACUUUUGUGCCUCCCAUAGUGCCCUCUCUCUACCCCGUUUCACUUUAUUCCCGAGCUAUGGGCUCCAUGCCACUUCCACCUCAAGGAAGGAGCCGGGGAUUUGCAGGUCUCCAUCCAAUCCCACCCCAAGGAGGAAAACUGGAGAUUGCUGGGAUGGUUGUGGGCCAGUGGGCUGGCAGCAGAUCCUCCAGGGGCCUAGGAUCCUUCGGCAUGCAAGUGGUUUCUGUCGGUGGGCCAGGAAAGGGGCAUGGAAAAGAACAGACUGGUAGAGGAUCCAAGGGACACAAAAAAGGAAAUAAGCAAGGCUCUUCAGAUGCAAUUUCUAAAUCCCUGGAGCUUCAUCAAGGUCGGUCUCGCUCCCAGGUAAAUGGAAACAGUGGCGCAUUGAUCAAGGAAGAGAAGAGUGAUCAUCAUCUUCUAGCUCCAUCACAAUGUGCCUUAUCCAGAGACAGCAACGAGUAUAGUAGUGGUAACCGCUACCUCCCUAUGAAGAAUGGGGAGAAGAACCUCUUACAGGAGCAAAAGCUAGAAACUGUGACACAACGGAAAGAGGACUGACAAGCUGAAGAUGGCUUCACCAAACCGGGAAGAGGGAAAACUUUUACUUUUCUGAUUUUAGGCCCAAGCUAGAGGAGGAUAUAAAUGCUUACCCUAGAUUCCUCCAGGAUUUUGGUGGGAUGUUCUAUUUUGUCCAUCUUUUUCCCUUCCCUGCCUUUUUCUGGGCCUUCAGAUUCAGUGGUCUGUUUCUGGAUAAGCUCUGGUCAAAGAUGAAUGGCAGUAAGACUAGCUCCUAUUCUCAAAUUGAAUAUAUAGCACCAUUAUUUUCUUCAUCUCCUCUGGGAGCCUAGUAAGGCAGUACCUGUCAGAAAUUGGGUGUUAUCACAUAAGGUCCUAUAGAAAAGUUCCAGAUUUGGGCUGGGCGUGGUGGCUCAUGCCUGUAAUCCCAGCACUUUGGGAGGCUGAGGUGGGCAGAUCACGAGG